AUGAAGACUGUUCUCCCUAUGAUGGCCCUCGCGGCUACAGCUUCGGCUGGAACAAUGUCUCUCGACAUUGCCAAGGCUCCCGCCUCAUCUGCCUCGACACAGGCUCGUCGCCAUGCGCGUUACCUCGCAGCUCGCGACAAAACACAGACGGUCGCGCUUCCAAGCUUGGGCGAUGAGUAUAUUGCUCAAGUCAGCAUUGGUACUCCUGCACAGAAUGUGCAAGUACAGAUUGAUACGGGAAGCAGCGACUUCUUUGUCAUCGCCGAAGGAACCGAGUUUUGUGAAGACCCAAGUAACAAAUGCGGACCUGGCUAUGACAUCGACAAAAGCAACACUGCUACCAAAGUGAAUAGCACAGACAUCAGUGGGAUUGUGUUAUUUAACACAACCUUCGCUGAUAAGACCGGUGUUUCCGGCCCUUUCAUCAAAGAGGACAUCGUCAUCGGCGACAUCAAAGUAAAACAGCAAAUUAUGGGAUAUGGCACCACAACAUCGACCAAUUUGGGAAUUAUGGGCCUGGCCUUUGACGCUCUUGAAAGCACAGACGACGGAGUGUCAAAUAUCACUUACCCAAGCUUUCUGGACAACCUUGUUACCCAAGGGGUAAUCAAUAAGCGAUUCUUUAGCUUAUUCCUCAACUCGCUUCAAGCGAACAAAGGAAGCCUGCUGUUUGGUGGUGUCGAUACGGAACGCUACUAUGACAGUCUGGUUAAGUUACCUGUCUACCCAGACCCAGAUACCGGCAUGAUUGGUGGGUGGGUUGUCAAGCUGGACGCGGUAUCCGCGACAGGUAUUGAUUUGCCACCUCUUGCAAACAACACUCUUGUUACGCUGGACAGCGGGACAACCGAUACCCUUCUCCCUGCUGCCCAAGCAGAGCCCAUAUUCGACUAUCUGGGAGCCAUCGGUUUCAAGGGAUCAACAUCUGCAUUCGACGGAAAGUUUGCAGACUGUGUUCAUACAAAGGACAAUGUGACCUUUACUUUCGAAUUGGGUGGCACGAAGUUUUAUAUGCCGAUUUCCAACUUUGUAAUUGACCAGUACACCGACAAGGAGCAGGCAGCGCUUAAAGCUGAUCUUGGAUCUGCCACCAAAAACUGGUCAAGGGUUUGCUCCGUGGGAUUUGAAGCAGCUGGUGACGAUGGUCUGCUUUUCGGAGACAGCUUUCUUCGUGCUCUGUAUGUGGUUCAUGACGUUGACAACCAAAUGGUUGGCCUUGCCCAGGCAAACCUCCAAUCAACAAAAACCAAUGUCAUUGAGAUUUCCAAAACUGACGGAAUACCCGACAACAAAGGUUCGCCAGUUCCAACGCAAGUUGUUCAGACUGGCCAGGACGGCACGCCGAAACAAAGUGGUGACAAGAGUGGUGCGCAGAGCUCCGUGCAUGUUCGCACCACCACGCUCUUUUUGGCUACAAUCUUAGCCGUACUGAAUGUAUUGUAA